AUGGCCUGGGCUAAUGUGGGCAUGCAAGCCCUUAUACCAAUCGUCAACAAAUUACAGGAUGCGUUUGCACAGCUGGGAACUACGCUCAAUUUUGACUUACCCCAGAUCGCUGUGGUUGGUGGACAGAGCGCUGGCAAAUCAUCGGUGCUGGAGAAUUUUGUUGGCAAAGAUUUCCUUCCUCGUGGAUCAGGAAUUGUUACACGCAGACCGCUCAUCUUGCAACUGGUGCACGAUCGCUCAGAGUACGGCGAAUUUUUGCACAAAAGAAGUCAGAAGUUUACGGACUUCGAUAUGAUCCGGAAAGAAAUCGAAGAUGAAACAGAUCGAGCAACGGGUCAGAAUAAGGGCAUCUCACCAGAACCAAUCAAUUUACGGAUUUUCAGCCCAAAUGUGCUGAAUUUGACACUUAUCGAUUUGCCGGGCCUAACAAAAGUACCGGUAGGCGAUCAGCCGCCCGAUAUUGAGCAUCAGAUCCGAAAAAUGAUACUGACUUAUAUUUCACGCGAUACCUGUCUCAUAUUGGCUGUCACACCGGCAAACAGCGACCUUGCAACUUCGGAUGCACUGAAACUUGCACGCGAAGUUGAUCCACAGGGACUGAGAACGAUCGGGGUACUAACAAAGCUGGAUCUCAUGGAUGAGGGCACCGAUGCUCGUGAUAUCCUUGAGAAUCGUUUAUUUCCACUGCGAAGAGGUUACGUCGGAGUGGUAAAUCGCGGACAGAAAGAUAUUGUUGGAAAAAAAGAUAUUCGAGCAGCUCUGGAUGCCGAGCGCAAAUUUUUCAUAUCACAUCCCUCAUAUCGGUAUUUUUUGCUGUUUAUUUUACUUCAGUACUCUACCGCCAUGCUUCCUUUGCCACCGUUGCAACUAGCUACGUUUGAGGCCGCCACUUACAGAUAG